AUGGGCAAACGUGCUACAAGAAAACCACCACCAAAGAAAGUUGUUCCAAAAUUGCCAACAUCUUUUGAUUGUCCAUUCUGUAAUAAUACAAGUACCGUUGAAUGUACAAUUGAUAGAAAAAAGUCGCAAGGCAGAUUAAACUGUCAAAUUUGUGGUGCUCAAUAUCAAACUAAUAUUACAUACAUCACUGAUCCUAUUGAUGUUUAUAGUGAGUGGAUUGAUGAAUGUGAGAAGGUAAACAGAGAAAAGGAGGAAGAAGAGGAAGACCAAGUUCCUCAACAAGUAGUAAAUUAUAGAUCAAAUCACGCUUCCGCACAACAUCAGGCCUAUCAAGAUGAUGAAGAGGAAGACGAUGAGGAAGAGGAAGCUCCUAGACAAGGCUACAAUCAUCAAGUCUAUAAUCGAGGAGGAUAUCAUUAAAUUCAUCAUCAUACAAUUCAUCACCAUCAUCAUUAUUCACCUAUUAUUUGUAUUCUUGUUGUAAUACAAUUCAACAAUAUUCGCGAAUACUCACAAUAAUAGUAGCUGGAAUGAUGACAAAAAGCUAAGCACACAAAACUUCUAGAUUUAUGAAAUAAAUAUAAAUAAUAAUUUAUGUAUUUU